GUAAUGUCAAGUAGAAGAAAGAUAUUGUUAGUUUUGUGAAAUAAAUAUACUUAUUAAAAAUGUUAGCAUUGGCAUUUACCAAAAUUUGUAUUCGUCUUCAACGAAAUCGUAAUGAAACAAAUAUAUAUCGAUCGUUUUCAUUAAGUCGUUUUAUUUUUUUAAACGAACAAAAAAAGAAAGAAAUAAAAAUAAAACAAAAAGAAUUAAUGGCACGUGGUCUUCCAAAAGUGAAACCUUUAAAAGGUGUUAAACAAAUCGUUAUUGUAGCAUCUGGAAAAGGUGGAGUCGGCAAAUCAACAAUUGCUGUAAAUUUAUCAAUCGCUUUAAAAACUGUCGAACCACAAAAAUCUGUUGGUUUACUCGAUGCUGAUGUAUUUGGUCCAUCUGUGCCGUUAAUGAUGAAUAUACGACAGAGUCCCAUGAUUAAUAAUGCAAAUCUUAUAGAACCUCUUGUAAAUUAUGGAAUAAAAUGCAUGUCUAUGGGCUUUUUAAUUGAUAAUAAGUCUUCUGUAGUUUGGAGAGGAUUAAUGGUAAUGAAUGCUAUUGAUAAGUUAUUACAUCAAGUAGCAUGGGGUCCGUUGGAUUAUCUUGUCGUUGAUACUCCACCCGGAACAGGAGACACACAUCUUUCAAUUGUACAAAAUCUUCCAGUUGCUGGUGUAUUAUUAAUAACUACACCUCAAACAACAGCUUUAGAAGUGACUAGAAGAGGAGCUAACAUAUUCAAACAUCUAAAUAUUCCAAUUAUUGGAAUUGUGGAAAAUAUGAGCAGUGUUAUAUGCCCACAAUGCAAUAAUGAAAUAAUUCUUUAUAAUGAUGGAACUCGAAUGAUUGCAGAAGAACUUGGUGUACAAAUUUUACAAACUUUUCCUUUAUCAGAAGCUAUUAUGAAUAGUUGUAAUAGUGGAAAACCAAUUAUAUUAUCUGCACCAAAAAGUAUACAAACUGAUAUGUAUAAACAUUUGGCAGAACGUGUAAUUUUCUUUUUAACUAAACAACCAUUAAAUAUAAAAUAAUAAUUUUA